AUGUAUGGUAACGUUCAUUACAUAUCAUAUAUGUUUUUCAGUCUUCAUUUUAAUUGAAACCAAUUGGCUGUGAAAUUAAAAACACCUUGAAAGGUAUUAACACAGGAAAUCGUGAAAUUUUAGACACACGGAAUUAAAGACUUUUACAGUAUAUGAAGUUGACAGUACUCUCGUGAACAAAGCCACAAUGGAAUCUAAAAGAUCUGAAGAUUCUGAUGAUAUCAAGAUUGAAAAAGUCAUCAUUAAACGACAGAUAACUCUGCUUCAUGGAGUGGCCAUAAUUGUAGGAAUUAUAAUUGGCUCUGGAAUAUUUGUUUCUCCAGUUGGAAUAUUAAAAGAAGUGAAAUCGGUGGGCUUUUCAUUAGUGAUGUGGGUAUUAUGUGGCAUUUACAAUACUUUGUGUGCCAUAUGUUAUGCAGAACUGGGAACUACAAUACCUGAGUCUGGUGGAGAAUAUAUCUAUAUCAAAAGGGCAUUUGGUGAUAUCCCAGCUUUCAUCUGUCUGUGGAUAAACUUUCUCCUGAUCUGCCCUGUUGGAAUUGCAGCCUCUGCACUGAUAUUUUCCCUGUACAUACUAAAACCUGUUUUCCCAGAUUGUGACAUUCCAGAGGAAGGACUUGCGUUAAUAGCUGCGUGUAUUUUUUGUCUGCUGAUAGCUGUAAAUUGUCAUGAUGUGAAAUGGGCAGCAAAGGUUCAAGUGGUCAUAACUGCAAGCAAACUGAUUGCCCUUGCAAUCAUCAUCAUUAUUGGAAUGUACUACAUCAUUGGGAAAGGUGAAACAGAAAACUUCCAGAAUGCAUUUGAAGGCAGUGAUUAUCGCGCUGGUGCAAUUGCAAUAUCUUUUUAUUCAGGAUUUUGGGCAUACAGUGGAUGGAGUUACCUCAACUUCUUGGUUGGAGAACUGGUUGAACCUAACAAAAAUUUGCCAAGAGCUAUUAUGAUAUCCAUGACACUGGUGAUUGUCACAUAUCUCAUUGCCAACGUAGCAUAUUUGGGAGUUUUAAGUCCUGGGGAGAUGCUUCAGUCCCCAGCUGUAGCUGUGACUUUUGGGGAAAGGACAAUGGGUAUAAUGGCAUGGUUAAUGCCUGUGCUAAUAGCAUUGUCUGUCACAGGCACAAUGAAUGGUACUGCUCUGAGUAUGUCCAGAUUAUUUUUUGUCGGAGCCCAAAACAAACAAUUCCCUACAUUUAUGUCAAUGAUCGAUAUGAAAAGGAUGACACCAUCACCAUCUCUGCUAGUUAUUUUAUUACUGACCAUGUUGUAUGUGUCUUCCAAAGACAUAUUUUUCCUUAUUGAAAUGGAGGGAUUUGGAUUUGCAUCAGUUCUUACUAUGGUGUUUGCAGGCCAGGUGUAUCUCAGGUACAAGGAGCCUUCUAUUCCAAGACCUAUCAGGGUACACAUUGCUCUUCCUAUCUCGCUGUUUUUGAUCAGUUUAGGAAUUGUAAUCUUGACAUUCUAUCAAAAACCAAAGGAGAGCUUUAUGGCACUUGGCUUGGUUGCUAUCGGACUUUUCCUGUAUUUUAUUGGAACUUGGAAACAAAAACCAAAAGAAAUAACAGAUAAGAUAAACUCCUUCAACAUUUUAAUACAGAAGCUUCUGAUUGUAAUACCCCCAGAUAAUGCUGAUGAGGUGGAUUGGGAAUAAUAUCAUAACCAGAAAGAAAUAUACAUCAAUUCUACAAAAUGAAAUUAGAAUAACUAUUUUGUUGGUGGAAAGAUUUCUCAGUAAAUAAAACAUUCUUUAUUUCUUUUGUGUGUGUGCGUGUGUGUGUGUUGUGUUCUAUGUUUUAUUUUAAGGAUUUGUUUUUAUAAGAAUUGUCACUGCUUUAGUUGCUAAUUUUCAUUAUCUUACUUGUUUAUAUUACAUGUAUUUGUAAUUGUUUCAUUUAACAAUUGGAUUUUAAGACUUUAAGCACAGAAAUUAAAAAUGUUGCUGUUAUAGGGAACUACCACCCCCACUCCCUUUUGCCAAAAAAAAAAAAAAUCCUCAACCACCUGUUGUCCGGCAUCUGUGUUCUUUUCACAUUUUUGAAUUCAUAUCUAGGGGAACCCCUCAAGGGGAAAGAUAAUUCCCAGGAGUGAACCAAUGAAUAAGGUAUGCAUAAUGAAUUUCAUGCAUAUUAUUCCUUAUCUAUUUUAGAUUCUAAAUAUUGUUAAAAUGAUUGUCACUAGUAGUAAAUCAAAUACCCUUAGAGAAAAGAACUGGCUUUUUUCCAUUGAACUUUCAUUGAUUUUCCAGUUUUCAUUGAAAUACCAUUGAUUGUGCAUUUAUUUUUCUUGUGUCUUCAUCUGACCAGUUUUAUACCUACCAGUUAAAAAGCAGUUUUCAGAAUACUGCAUUUUCAAUCGCCUGCAACUCUCAAAGCUCAGUGAAACACCAGUUUUCCAAUUCACUUAAACUUCAAUAUUACUGCACCCUAUUUUGAGGCAAAGUUACAAUAUAAAUGUGCAAGAUUCAAACAUUUUCCCAACAAAUGGUUGUAGCUAGCUGUUAUGUGAUUAAAAGGCAUUGUCCUGUUCUUGUAUGCAUAAUUUACAUAAAAAACAACAUGCAUAAUCUUAUAUUUAAAGUUUUUAUAUCUCUUGGCAACAGUGUUAGUCAGUUUCGGGUAGAACAAAUGUACAAGAUGGCUGCACAUCCCCCUUAACUGAAAAAAACCCAUUCAAUUUGAGAAAAUACAACUUGGAACAUAAAAAUGAAUGCUGAUGAUUCUCCCAAUAUAGAUAACCUUUAGAGAACUUAGAAUAUGAUUUUUCUAUUAUGAGAUUUCAUAUUUUGUAUUAUGCAUAGUUAAAUCUAGAAAUAUGAGAAAAAUUUUACAAGUUUUACAAUAUCUAAAAAGAGCUGUUGUUUAGAUGUGAAAACAUAAUCAUGCUCCUUUGAACGCUGGUAUUUCAUUCAACAGAAUGCGUUUCAUUAAACGCAAGGUUUGUCGAAAAAAUGACAGCCGAUUCACUUUAGAGAAUAUUCAAUGGCCCUCCAAGAGAGGCUGAUGUUUUCUGACCAAUAUCUUGAGAUCAACUGUUUUGCUUGUCUUCAAACUACAUGCCUAUGCAUGACUAUCGAAGCAAUUACAUGCGUAUUCAAAAUAUUUUCAUUACCGGUACUGUACAAAAUAUACUCUAUCAACUGAAAGUGAAUGCAUUUAUAUUGUCAAUUUUCAAGAGGAUUAACUAACUACUCUAUAAUCUAAAGCUCAUUCGAAAAUUUUCAAAUAUGAUUCUGCUGUCUUUGCAGUUUUAUUUGUCAUGUCCGAUUUGUGUAUAUUUUGGAUAAUUAUUCCAAAUACGGUACAUCUUUGAAAGAUAUGAUGUGGCACCAAUGUGUGAUCAUUUUUCUAGUAAUACAUGUAAAAACGUAUUUUAUUAAUUUGUAAAAAUCUUUUAGUUUGAAUCGAAAGUAUUGAUAUUUCAUGAUAUAUAAUUCAGUGCGAUAGUCAUUGUUAUAACUUAUUUUAUGCUGGUUUCAACAGAUUUGUCCCAUUACAGACAAGUGAGAGAAAAUGCAAUCUAAUUGUACCAUUUUCCUUUAGUUUAUUUGACACUUAUAGAUUUUGAAAAAUGACAGAAUUUUCCGCCCCCUGAUUUCAUGGAUAAUAUAUUAAUCCAAUGUAAUGUACUGAUGUAUGUUUUACAAUAAUUUUUUUUGUUUACGAAUCAUUAAAAAUAGUAAUUUUCUGAAUAUUUCAAAGCUGGAAUCUUUAGGCAUGAAUAAUUUAAAAGUAAAACUAGAACUUAAAUGAUAAACGUGUUGCAAAUUGAUAAAACGAGUGUGGAAAAAAUUAAAAUGAUACUUAAUAUCGUGUUCAUUACAAGAUAAUUCAACAGCUUUGUGAACAUUUUACCAAGGUAAAUGAUCUCAUUUUUCUCAAGUUGUCAUACUAGUAUAUGUUCUCCAAAUUAAGGUUGUAUGGUGCCACUUGAAACGUGCAUAAUACAAGUAUCUGUAGCAUUAAGCAUAUAAAUUGGCGAUCUUUUAUUGCGAAUAAAAAUUGUAUCGACACAAAGAAAUCCGAAUCUCCUUCAGUGCACUGACGAAAUUUUGUUUCCAUGAUGUAAGGAAUUGUCUUUUUUGGUUCUAGGUAACCUCAUAGUUGACUUUUAUUGUAAUAUUUUUUAAAUAACAAAUAAUAAACUGUAUUGUAAACUAGGAAAUCUUGUGUUACGUGUAAUUGUUAGCGCAUUUUAACGUAACAUAACAGAAUUGAAUUGUAAAAACACCAAGUACAGCUUAAGGUUUUUAGCUCACCUGAGCGAAAAGCUCAAGUGAGCUUUUCUGAUCACCCGUUGUCUGUCAGUCCGUCCGUCUGUAAACUUUUUACAUUUUGAACUUCUCUAAAACCCCAUGGCUAAAUUCAACAAAAUUUGGCAUAAAGCAUCCUUAUAUGAAGGUGAAUAUUAAUUGCUAAAAUAAUACGCCAGACUGUAUUUAAAGCGGAGAAAACCUCGAGACUUUACUAAAAAAAAAUGCAAGUUCUCGAGAACUACUGAGUUAAUCUUAACAUAAUUUAGCAUAAAUCAUCCUUAUGGAAAGGAAACUAUAAAUUGCAAAAAUCAAGAGCUAAUUAUGUUCCAAAUUUGAGCUAUAAUUACGAAAAUACUAAUAAAGCGUUCGUUAUUCCAUAUUGCGUAGACUGGCAAUUUUGUACGAUAGAGACAGCACCGUAUCUCGGAAACGAGGUUCUUUGAUUGAAGCAGCCAUUUUGGACGUAUGUUGUCAAUUUUACGAAGAUCAAUAUGGUUGUUGUGUAAGUGUUCACGUGCGAAUAUUAUCUAUGAAACAUGGAGGAUUUAUUGGUGACGAUUAUGAAUUCAAUUGAGGUUAAAUAUUUCAACGCGUUGUCAUUUUCACUUGGAGCCGUGAUUUAGCCACUGGAGUCGGCGACUUUAACAAUUUGUUGUAAAUAAUUGAGAAACAGGCAAAAUUCUACCAGUGAGCUUCGCGAGCAUAGCAAUAGGAUGGCAACGAAUUUUUUUUUGUAGAUUUUCUUUAUUUCGCUAUACAACCGACAUUAAACACCAUAUCAUGUUAAAACGCAUGAGAAAAGAACCAAUUGAAUGUUAACUAGUCCAGUGAGUUUGACGUCACACGAAAUUGUUAAUGGCCGCUGUUUAAGAUCGAGAUUAGCAGAAAUGGAAAUAAAAUGACUGAGGGAUAAUUUUAGGGAAAUAAAUGCAAGGAAUUGAUAAAAUAACACCAAGGAGUUGAUGUCUGGUGUUUAAUGUCAGUUGAAUAGCGAAAUAAAGAAAAUCUAGAAAACUCGUUGCCAUCCUGUCACUUCGCUCGCUACGCUCGCGAUGUUCACUGGUAGGAUUUUACCUGUUUCUCAUUUAUUUACAACAAAUUAAUAAAAUCGCAGACUCCUGUGAUAUAGCUUGUUUUGAUUUUCGUUUCAUUUUGCUGGGGGACGAUAGCCUGUAUUCAGUAUUCUGGUAUUUGGAAUUUUUACGCAAGAAAUCAAACAUGGAACAUACUUCGUAAAUAGGCAGUUGAUUGUUUACCUGCGAAAAUGAUCAAAUCAGACGCAUUAACAACGUCAUUCAAUUGGUAAUUCGGUAUGAUCUCUGAGCAAUCGUUGGGUCGCAAUGGUGAUUAAUUCAAUGAGUUUCGAUAAAAUGCCUAGCACUUUCUCGAGUCUAUUCAUUUUAAAAAGACAUUAUUUUCGUUGAGGGAGAUAAGUAGGUACAUGUAUGAUGUGUAUGAUUUUUAAAUUAAAUUGUGCUCUUUCUGAUUAAGCGCAUUUUCCCCUCUGUUUAUAUUGUUUAUUAGUUUUUGAGUGUCAACAAGGACCGAACAAGAGGGCGAGUUGGUUGAAAUAAUCGAUUUUUGAUUGGUAACUUAACCGGAAUUUCCUCCGAAAAAAGAAUUUGAAAUAGCCAUGUAUUAGAAGUUCAUAAUCAUGUAAAAUAACUCUUAAGGCAAUAAAACGAUGUUUAUGUAAUUGAAAAGACGUUUUCACAGCCUCAGUUAAACCCUGUUGUGAUUAAUCAACCGCGACUGUCUUAUCUUUACUGACUUUAUCAAUAGAGGUUAUAAAUACGGGUGAUGCUAACACAUACCGUGCAUUGAAAAUUACAACCGAUAUUUAUUACAUUUCGUGUUGAUAUUACAAUUAGUUAGUAAUAUAUGAUGAGUUAAUAACUCUGCCAAAUUAAUGCUAAACCGUUUGUUUACAGUUUCCUGUCAUUUGAUGAAUUGUAUAAAAUCUGCAACAAUUUUGGUAGUUUUCAAACGAGUAAAUAAAAACAACGUCUUUUAAACUGUUCUUACACAAUUAUAAUUAUGAAGAUAUUUGCAUUAUCAUUAUGUUUAAGAAAAUAUUGCAGCAGAAAAUCACCUUGGUUUGUAGCCAUUUGUUGUUUUUGAGGAAAAUGAAAAUAAUUGAUGGGCCUUUGCACAAAAGUGAUACUUGUAUGCCUGAAAAUGCAUUGAAUAUAUAUAUAUAUAUAUAUAUAUAUAUAUAUAUAUAUAUAUAUAUAUAUAUAUAUAUAGCUUAAUUUUAACAUAUCACGUGAAAACAUUUUCCAGUCGAAUGUUUUCAUCGAUCAAGUGAGUAAGGUUAUAAAACGUCAUACAAGUUUACACCAGGUAAACAUUAAUCUAAGGGAAGACCAAUUAAGUUUUUUACUGUAGCCUUAGCGACUUCUGCCACAGAAUGCAAACACUGCAUACUGGCUUCCAGACUAUCUGGCGAUCCUCUGUCUGUCAAUCUUUGUUAACUUUCGCAUAUGAGAUAAGAGCUGGCUAUGAAAUGAAAUGUUUCUCUUUGGCAUAUUCAUAGAGCUUGGCAUCUUAAAUAAACACACAAAAAAUAUUCACUUAGAUGUGGAAAAUAAAAAUUACACCAAUUUAAUUUCGAUUUUUUUCUCAUAAAUACCAAUACACCACACAAAAAAUAUUGCAGAUAAAUGGUAACAACCUUUUCCAGUAUUUUCAGCAUUUAAACAAGAUCCUUGUUGGCAUCCUUUAAUUGUGUAGAUUCAUCAUUAUGAUUACACACGAUAAGGUAGGCCCACAGUGGAUGCUGAUUUUCAAACUGAUAAACGUUUUAGAAAAUGUAUGAAAUUUUUUAUCUUUAAAGAGCUAAAUAAAUACUGUUCACAUAUGCAAAAAGAUUGCUGAAAAUAAUAUACCGGUGUUAUAUAUAUAAUUUAUAUAUUGCACUAUAUUUUCACCCCCACCCCUUUAUAAAAUAUUGAGUUUUACAUCAGAAAGUUAUGGUACUUAACUUUGCUAAAUUAUAUUAAAUUUUACUGUUGUUAUUUAUUUAAAUUGUUCUAAGUCAGAGUAGUUCGCUAUUGUUGCUCAUGUGAGCGAUGUGGCCCAUGGGUCUCUUGUUUUUUGAAUUCAAAAUAGAUAUUCAACAGAUAUUACAAGUAAAUGUGACCUUUCUUAUACCAGGUGUUACAUUGAAACCAUUAAAAUAGAAUAUUAAAGUUUGUUAUCGAUAUUGAUAACAAUAUCGAAUUUGAUGCAAGAACAAAGUUAAUCAGUUAAUCCGUUUGUUCUGAACAUAUGACAAUUUCAAUUGUUUAUGUCAUUAGCCAUUUUCAGUGCUUUAUUUUAUGUAGUUUAAUUUGAUUUUGUUGUAUUGUAUUCUUAUAUGAUAACUAUAUAAUAAAUUUUGUGUGCUUGUG